AUGGAAGCGCUUGAUGCGGACAGUGGAAAGAACGCAGAGUUGACGUACUUCUCUGUUCCCAAAAACGGCAGUUUCUACGUGGUACCAAAAACUGGCGAAGUUUUGCUGAUGGACUCCCUACUGGGCCUCCCAUCUGCAAUCAAGUUCUAUGUUUUUGCUAAAGACCAUGGUUGGCCCUGCAGAAUCAGUAAGGGUGUUGAGAUCACGGUUACCCCACGACAGUGGUGCCCACUGCGCCCAGGCCAGACAGGGGAGUUGGGCAGCCUGGGCAGGGCAGGGCGGAUGCAUAGGGCAUUGUUGGACUCUGGUAGCAUGGUCUUCCUCAAUGUCUCCGAAGAUGCAAACAUCGGUUCUGUCGUUAUGAGCCUGAGCCCAGCCAGGUUUCAGGCAGCCUCAUUUGAGCUGGUUUAUCCGAAGACAGAUAUUACCCCAAUCAACGUGGGAAAGGAGAGUGGAGAUAUCGUGAUAGCCAUGCGCCUGGACAGGGAGACUGAACCGUUCAUCGAAAUCACUGUCAAAAUACAAGAUGAACGAGGGCCUGACUGGUACCUGACCAAGGUGAAGCUGAGGGUGACAGAUGUCAACGACAACGUCCCCGAGUGGGCCAUGGAGCCUUACCCCUACCUGGCAGUGGUGUCCCCCGAGGCCCCCCCUGGGGAGCUGGUGUACCCGCUCCAUGCUCGCGAUGGGGAUGAGGGCAGUAGCGGCGAGGUGGAGUACUUCCUGGCUGAUGGUGGUAAUGGCUGCUUUGCGGUGGACAAGAAGAGUGGUCACAUCUUGACCACAGGUCUCCCCCUGCAGAGAGACAGGGAGUAUCUGCUGAGUGUGGUGGCCUUUGACAGGCUGGGCAGUCGCAGUGCUCCUGCCAUGGUGUCAGUCAUAGCAGGACCCAGAACACCACAGUUCACCAAGGCAUCCUACGCCAUUUCCAUACCAGAGAACACCCCAGAGGGACAGCCCUUCCUGGUGAUGUUCGCCAUCUCCUUCCAGAAGCAGCCAAUCAGCUACAGCCUGCUGAUCAACCCCAGCAACCUGUUCAGAAUGCAGCAGGAGACAGGGGAGAUCAGCCUGACCCGCACGCUAGACUAUGAGAAUGACCAGAGACGUUACCUCCUUAUGGUCAGGGCCAGCGAGGGGCCAGGGGGCCUCAGCAGCGCCAUAGAGGUCCAGGUGGUGAUAACGGACGAGAACGACUGUGUCCCAGAAUUUCUCCAGUCCAUUUACAGUGUUGAUGGAGUCCCUGAGACUGUAACCACAGCAACCUCUCUCCUGCAGGUGUUAGCCAGUGACUGUGACUCGGGGUUGAAUGCAGAACUCACAUACUACACUCUAAGCCCAGACUUCAGCAUUUCAGCCCACGGCACCAUCUUCCCUGUGGGCCGUCUGGACUACGAGAGGCCCAACCACCUGUAUGAGUUUGUGGUGAUGGCGGUUGAUAAUGGGGAGGAGCCUCACUCUGGUACCGCCACUAUCCGCCUCCGCAUGGCCAAUGUCAACGACCAGGCCCCCGAAUUCUCCCAGACUGUCUAUCGGACCUUUGUCUCCGAGGACGCUGGCCCCAACACACUAGUUGCCACGGUACUGGCUAAGGACCCAGACGGUGAUGGAAUAGUGUACUCAUUUACAGCUGGCAACGAGGAGGGCAACUUUGUCAUUGACAGCCAGAAAGGGUUGAUCCGGCUGCGCUCCACCCCCCCUCCCAAGCUCCAGGGCCUGGAGUAUGUCCUCAACGUGACGGCUACGGACGACAACGCCUCCGGGGGGCCACACCCACUCUCUGCAACUGCCCGGGUCAUCGUGGGUGUUGAUGACGUCAAUAACAACAAACCCAUCUUUGAGAAGUGUCAGCAGUACAGGGAGCAGGCGUCUGUGUUGGAGAACCAGCCCACAGGGACCUUCGUGCUGCAGGUGCAUGCGGUGGAUGCAGACGAGGGGGCCAAUGGGAAGGUCAAGUAUGGCCUGAUGCACAGAGACAGAGCCAUGCCUGCCUUCAGAAUCCACCCUGACACAGGUGUGAUCGUGACGGCACGGCGGUUCGACCGGGAACGUCAGAGAGAGUACUCCAUCACGGUGACGGCUACAGACUGGGCUGACGAGCCUCUCAUAGGGAUCUGUCAACUCAACGUCCUCAUCCAGGACCACAAUGACAACAGCCCCAAGUUUGAGAACCUGCGCUACGAGUACUUUCUGAGAGAGGACACCAUGAUCGGCACCAGUUUCCUGCGUGUGGCGGCGCACGAUGAUGACUUUGGCACCAACGCCGUCGUCACCUACUCCAUGUCCCAGGAGCAGCCUGAGUACCUGAGGGUCAACCCUGUUACCGGCUGGGUGUACGUCAACCAGCCCAUAUCACAGAGGUCCUACAUCACACGGGAAGUAGUUGCCACGGACGGGGGGAAUCGCAGCACAUCUGUGGAGCUGUCUGUCACCAUUACCAACGUGAAGAACCAGCCCCCGCAGUGGGAAAAGGACAGCUACAGCGUGGUCAUCCCAGAGAACACAGCCAGGGACACUUCCAUCGUGACGAUCAAAGCGACCUCGUUGCUAGGAGACCCCAGGGUGACUUAUAACCUGGAGGAGGGCGUGGUCCCGGAGACUAACAUGCCUGUGCGGUUCUACCUGUCGCCCAACCGCGAGGACGGCUCUGCCUCCAUCCUGGUGUCGGAGCCGCUGGACUAUGAGACCACACCCAGUUUCUCCCUGAGGGUGCGGGCUCAGAACGUGGCGGCAGUACCAUUGGCUGCAUUCACCACCAUCCAUGUCAACGUCACAGACGUGAACGACAAUGUUCCCUUCUUCACCUCCUCCAUCUAUGAGGCAUCAGUGACUGAGGGAGCCAAGGUGGGGACCAUGGUCCUCCAGGUGUCUGCUCACGACAAGGACCUGGGUCUCAACGGACAGAUCACCUACUCCCUCCUGAGUGACAGUAGUGGGGACCACCGCCUAUUUCGUGUGGAUCCAGAGCUGGGCUCCAUCUAUACAGAGGCGGUGUUUGACCGCGAGGCACAGGGAUCCUACCUACUGGAGGUGCAGUCUGAAGACGGCAUGGAGUCAGCACGGCCCGGGAGGAACAAACAGCCCAACUUUGACACAGCAUAUGUGCGGGUUUUCAUCAGCGACGUGAACGAUAACAAACCCGUCUUUGCUCCGCGUCUCUAUGAAGUCGGCAUUGACGAGGACGCAGAUGUCGGCCUGGCUGUUGUCACCGUCGGAGCUAAUGACGAAGAUGAAGGUGCCAACGCCAAGCUGCGUUACCAGAUCACAUCGGGCAACACCGGAGGGGUGUUUGACAUGGAGCCUGAAGUGGGAACCAUCUUCAUCGCCCAGCCUCUGGACUACGAGAUGCAGAAGAGGUACAAGCUGCUGGUGCUGGCAUCGGACGGGAAGUGGGAGGACUACGCUGCUGUGGUGGUCAACGUGGUCAACAAGAACGAUGAGGCUCCAGUCUUCUCUAUGAAUGAGUACUACGGCUCAGUGACCGAGGAGCUAGAUGGCUCGCCGGUCUUUGUGCUUCAGGUGACAGCCAUAGACCCAGACAAGGAUGCAGACCAAGUUGCCGUGCGCUACUCUCUUCACGGUCAGGGAUCGGAGUCUAAGUUUGUGAUCGACGAGAUCACAGGGAAAAUAUACGCCCAGAAGACACUGGACCGCGAGGAGCGGGCAGUGUGGCGCUUUGUGGUCCUGGCCACAGACGAGGAAGGGGAGGGGCUCACCGGCUUCACUGAUGUCAUCAUCAACGUUUGGGACAUCAAUGACAAUGCGCCUUCCUUUGUCUGCGUGCCCGACGGCUGUCACGGCAACGUGGCCGAGAACUCGCCCCCAGGUACCUUCGUCAUGGAGAUGACGGCGACGGACCUUGAUGACACGGCGGUGGGUCAGAACGCCAUCCUCUCCUACCGUAUCAUCGAGAACGCGCAUGACGCGGGAGCCGCCGACUUCUUCACCGUUGACGCCAGUACAGGCACCAUCUCAGUGGCAACCGGUGGGUUGGACAGGGAGGUGGCAGAGCGGCACCAACUGGUGGUUGAAGCCAAGGAUGGAGAGGGUAUGAUGGGCACGGCUACCGCCACUAUCAUCAUCACGGACCUGAAUGACCACACCCCCCGGUUCAAAGAGAAGUGGUGCGGGGCUCGUGUGUCUGAGAGCAGCCCUCCAGACUCAACCGUGCUGAAGCUGGAUGCUGUGGACCCAGACUCAGGGGCUCACGGCCUGCUGGGCUUCAGUGUGGUGGCAGGGGAUCAGGGUGAGAGGUUCUACAUGGUGAGCCACAAAGCAGAGCAGUCUGGAACUCUGAGGCUGAGAAAGAGGCUGGAUUACGAGAGGCCCGGCGAGCAACAAUUCAACCUCACCAUUCGUGUGGAGGACUCCGACUUCUCCAGCCUCAUCCACUGCAUCAUCCAGGUGGUAGACGAGAAUGACCACGUCCCAGUGUUCGCCCCCACCUCCUACCCCCUCGCCCCUCUGCCAGAGGAUGUUGCAGUGGGAACCAGUAUUACCCAGGUGAGGGCCAGCGACUCAGACUCUGACCUGAAUGGGGAAAUAAUCUAUAGCAUCUCCCCAGAGUCAGACCCGUACAGUCAUUUCACAGUGGACGGAAACGGCAUCAUGACCGUGACCCGCCCGCUAGACAGAGAAAUCGUGGCAGAGUACCAACUGGUUGUCCUAGCGACAGACCGGGGUAGUCCAGCCUUGACGGGUAGCACCACGGUCCAGCUGAGCCUGCUGGAUGUAAAUGACAAUGGGCCAGAGCUGGAGGUGACCUAUAACCCUGUCCUCUGGGAGAACAGCCCUGCUCCACAGGUGGUGUGGCUCAACCAGACCUCUACCCUGCUCCACGUUAUCGACAGGGACUCCCUUGAGAACGGGCCUCCCUUCUCCCUCUCUCUCCCUCGCCUCUACGCCCCUGACUUCCACCUGCAAGACCAUGGUGACGGCACGGCAACGCUCACGGCGCUGCACCGCUUCGACCGCGAGCGGCAGAGGGAGUUCUUCCUGCCCUUGGUCAUGACAGACAGCGGUCGUCCGCCAAUGACGGUCACCAACACACUCACCGUCACUGUGGGUGACCAGAACGACAACGCCCACCAGGAGGGAGAGAAGGAGAUUUACGUCCACAGCCGGAGGGGAAAGAUGCAGACUACUUCACUGGGCAAGGUCUAUGCCCCUGAUCCUGAUGAUUGGGACAACAAAACCUACACCUUAGACGCAAGAGGAAUGAAGUAUUUCACCUUAGACAAGAGUACAGGUCACCUGGCCAUCAGACAGCAUACCCUAGCGGGCAGCUACUAUCUCAGAGUGGGCGUGUCGGAUGGGGUGUGGCCGGACGUGGUGUCGCGGGUCACAGUUCACGUGCGGGAGCUGGAGGACAAGGCAAUCCAUUUGUCAGCCUCCCUGCGUCUCACAGGCAUCACUGCCAGGGAUUUUAUUGAGUCCCAGGUGGACAAGACGAGUCGACAGGAUAUGUUCAGGGGCUUCCUGUCUGAACACCUGUCCGUCAGAUCAGGUGCCAUCAACGUAUUCAGCCUGACAGACGUAGGACUGAAGACGCUGGACGUGCGCUUCUCUGUGCACAGCGACAGCUACCUUCGCCCAGAGAAACUACAUGGAUACCUUGCGGUGCAUAAAAAGAAGCUGCAGUCUCUGCUGCGGGUGAAUGUGUCCCAGGUACAGGUGGAUGAGUGUGUGUACACAGACUGCAGGGCGGGUGGGGGUUGCUCCACAUACCUCAGCGUCAGUGACACGCCCACCCUGGUGGAUGCUGGCAACAUGGCCCUGGUGUCUGUGACAGUGACUUCCUCAGCCGUGUGUGGCUGCACCGCAAGGGACCGUGUCCACCAGGCCUGCUCCUCCUACCCCACAAACCCCUGCUUCAAUGGAGGCACCUGCAUGGACACCCUAAGCGGGUACAGAUGCCAGUGCCCACCGCAGUACGAGGGUCCUGAGUGCCAGCAGACAAGGCGAAGUUUCCUUGGCAACGGCUAUGCCUGGUUUCCUCCCAUAAGGCCGUGCUUUGAUAGCCAUCUCUCCCUGGAGUUCAUCACAGGGGCUGAGGAUGGGCUGCUGCUCUACAGCGGGCCCCUGGCCACCCUACUUCCCGGAGACCCAGAGGACUACAUGGCCAUAGAGCUGAUUGGUGGAACACCUAGCCUGAAAAUCAACCAUGGGUCUGGAACCCUGGUCCUGCAGUUGCCGGGAAAUGUGGUUGUGUCCGACAGACGCUGGCACCGUCUAGAUGUUAGGAGCAACAGUAAAGAAGUGCGUUUCACCCUGGAUCGCUGCUCCAGUGCCAUUGUCAUGGAGACGGAGGGCGUGGACAGCUGGGCCAUGACCGAGGACCGCUCUUCUUGUGAAGUCAGAGGAGUCACGCCCAAUAGGGACAGGUACCUGAAUGGGAGUCAGGUGUUGCAGCUGGGUGGUGUCAACGAAAACAUGUCCUAUGAGUAUCCCCAGCUACAGCACAAGCACUUCACUGGAUGUCUGCGCAACCUGGUUGUGGAUAGUAUGCUCUAUGACCUUGGUUAUCCCUCAGAGUCCUCCAGCAGUGCCCCAGGCUGCUCUCUGACUGAUGGGAACUGUAUAAUCAUGGGUGUACCUGCCUGUGGCCCUAGGGGGCGCUGUAACGGGCAGUGGGACUCCUUCCGCUGCCAGUGUGGGCCCGGUUACACAGGGAUCCACUGUGAAUACGAAGUCCCAGAGUUCUCCUUCGAUGGGAGGAGCCAUGUCCAGUACCAGGUGGGCUGGUCUCUCCCGGCCCGUCACACCAGCGUGCAGCUCCAGGUGCGAACCCACGUCCCCAGCGGUGUACUCCUCAGCCUCCUCUCCCAGGAGCAGAAUGAAUACUUGCGUCUGGAGGUGUUUCAGGGGCUACUGGCUGUCUUUUACAACCUGGGUGACAGACUCUACAACCUCACGCUGCCCUUCCAACGCCUUGACAACGGAGAAUGGCACGAGGUGGAGCUGGAUCGUCAUGGCAAAGAGUUCACCCUUCGAUUGGAUGGUGGCGGCGGGAGGCAAGAGGUCACAGCCGCUCCUGGGCAGAGUCAGGAGAUAGUCAUCGAUCAAACAGUGGUGAUGCUGGGAAACUCUUUCCCUUCAGGAAACAACCACAGCUUCCUAGGUAUGGUGCUGGUACUGCGAUCUGGGUGUCUGCGAGACCUGAGGCUGAACGGGAAGCCAAUGCCCAUGGCAAAGCAGCCCUCUGUGGGGUCCAAGGGCCUCCAGGUGGUCACAUCCCAGGGCGUCUCCCCAGGUUGCCCCUCAGACGCCUGCAGGAAACACCAGUGCUCUCCCCCCUUCAUAUGUGUGGACCUCUGGAGGAAACACGAGUGCAGGUGCCCCCCUGGUCACAUGACGAAGGAGAACGACUCGAGCAAGGUGUGCGUCUACACGCUGUGCGUCAGCAGGCCCUGUCGCCACGGCACCUGUGUGGCCCACUCGCCUGCCAAGUACUCGUGUCACUGCUCGGAGGGCUACCGUGGGCGACACUGUGAGGUCUCUCUGACGCUCUACCACAACAACAACAACACUCUGAGCCUCAGCUCUGCGUUUGCCAUCAGUAUCUGUGUCCUGGCCUUCCUAGUGCUUAUGCUGGGCCUGUCCCUCUACUCCUGCUGGAGGAGACACAAGGGCCUGAAGGAGGGAGUCUACCACGUAUCUGCACACCACGGAGAAUGGGAUGACAUCCGAGAGAACGUUCUCAACUAUGACGAGGAGGGUGGAGGGGAGCAGGACCAGAAUGCCUUCAACAUGGUGGAGUUACAGAGGUCUCUGCGGCCCAGUCCAGCCCAGUCACUAUGGUACAGCUACCCACAAUGCAUCAUACCCUCAUCCUACCCUCAGACGACCAAGCCCCCAGACACGAAGAAUGGGACCAAACCAAAAGGACCAAAUGGACCCAAAAACGGCAGCACAGCAAUCGCCCUGCGCCUGGCCCACCCUCCGUCCGGGUCAGCCACCCUCACCUCUCCCAUUGCAAUGCGGCGUUCCCACAAGUCCCUGUCCUUCUCCAGUCAGGACCUGGCCCGCUACCUGUGUGAGGUCAUCAGGGACACGGACCGCUCCCCGGGGGACAACCCCGGCUACAUGACCUCACUGCGUCCCCUGUCCAAUAAGGCGCAGCGUGGCAGGCUGGCCGUGCGCUCGCUCAGCUCCCUCAGCGAUGAAGGUCAGGGGUCGGAGGUUAGGGUUCAGGGGGGUCAGGAGAGCCUGAAGGGUCAGAGAUCCCAGAGCCCACGGCUGGACAGGCUCAAAGGCUUGCGAGCUGUUGCCAGUGAACUCAGAGUGGACGGUGCUGUGGACUCUGCUGCCGCCAAGAGCACAGAGGACAAAGUGAAGGAUAGAGAGUGCAGGGCGCAGCCAAACUGUGAGAAGAGCGGAUGA